AAGUUACGGAUGAAAUCGGUGACGGCAGUUAUGGCAGCAUGGAGAUUUAGCCAGAUCUCGUUGACACACGAGACGACUCCUUGCAGUAAUUGCGCCACCCCAAUGACGUCAUUGAACCAGCGCAAAAGGGAAGCCGAUCUUCCAGCACGGAUGAAACCCGAGUUCCAUGUUAAAAACGAACCACCUGAACACACUUCCUUUCGAUAUCAGACAAAUGGCGCAGCGACAGAUGCGGCACGAGGGGCAUCGAGAGUAAGCCCGGUCCGCACAGUUAGUGUUGUAGAGACGAGGUAGCCUACAAUGUCGCUGAGGAGCUUUCCUUAGACGCCGAGAUCGCGAAUGGCGGAAAAGAGACUUGUGGAUACAUGAAUACAGGAGGCUACGAUGACAAAGCAUGUCUUCGUCAUUUACAAUCCUAGGUCCGGCGAGCGCUGUAAUUCUCUGCAAAAUACGCUCUGUACGUCGAGGAACAAAACGAAUGCGGACUGUUCUUUUUUUUUUUUUUUUUUGGCGGAGAGCCCGCUCCAGAGUGGCACGACGAUUGCGAGGCACUCAGCUUGUUAUCGCAGAGAGCGAAAGUCGCUUUGCUUCGGGGACGAUAGGGCCGCGGGCAGACUCAAUCAAAUCGAGCCGGUUGUCAGCCAUCGCCUCCAAGGUUGUCACCGCCGUUUAGGUGAGGGAAAUCGGCCUGGACGAAUUUGGGUUGCGGAGCGGUUCGCCUCCUUGCAGUACAGGGGCAGCAAUUGCAGUGCGCCCGAUUUCCGAGAGGCACCAGUUGUGGACAACUUCAUUUUGAGCAUUGAGCAAGCAGCGGCGCUGAUCAGCGUCCACGUGUCGGAGCGUUUGGUUUGCGAAUCAUCAGCAUAGGGAUCGCUGCGCUGUUUCUUUGAUCGAUCACACGUUUUAUUUCGUCCAGCGUCAAAUCCUCGCCGCACAAGAAAGAUACCCGGAAUUUACAUUCCCAUGCAGCUAACCACAACGUUAUGGCCGUGAAGAAAUUCUCGCAGCAUCUUCACAAUUCAGCAGGCAUGCGAAACUCGUUUACGCGAGCCACAGGUCCAGAUGGCCCGCUGAGUUGGUUCAUUGCUGCGCUCUGCUUUUUGGUGAGCCUACUAUACUCGUCCAUCUACCGAUGCUCAGGAAUAUUCUACACUUCCAUGAUGACUACGUAUGGAACAACCCGGGCUCAAGCGUCGAUGCCCUUUGCAAUCUACGGUGGAUUUUCUCACCUCUCGAGUCUUCCAGCUGGGCCACUCAUACAAGCAUGCGGAGUGCGAUUUAGCGCCUUCGUAGGAGGUGUUCUGAUUUCUUUGGGCUUCCUUGUAUCUGCAUUUGCAACUGGAAUACCCUUCCUAAUAGUAUCCAUAGGCGUUCUUGCAGGAUCUGGACAUGGAGUCCUUCUGUCCUGCGUCAUCGUAGGGAUCAACAAUUACUUCAAGAAGAAACGUGGAACGGCCCUUGGCUUCAACCUGGCUGGAUCGGCUAGUGCAUCGUUUUUCUUCACGAACAUUUUCGAGUUGUGUAUUGCCGAAUAUGGUAUCAGAACAACUAUCUCACUAACUGGAGCAUUGAUGUUAAACAUUCCUGUUAUUGCAUUCUUGUUUCGUGAUCCACCAUGGAUGCAAAAAUCAAACUCGACUAAAUUUAAAUGGGACACAGAGGCCGCGCCUCCACGACAUCGAGGGCAAUGCAGAGCUGUCACGGUCACAGGAUACCGAGAAUCACUGUGCGCUGGGAGUAUCAGUGAGAAAACAAUAUCCGCGCAAAUCAACUCUCAUGUGGAGGCGGAAGCAUUUAUUUCUCCAAUAAGAAACAUGCCAGAAAAUUACGCACUUCCUAGCUCAUCGCUUGAAGGAAGUGUUCCGAACGCCGACACAUCAGAGCAGUUAACGCCGGAAAGGAAAUAUUCGAGUUAUGAAACACACAGUGCAUCAACAACUGAAGAAAAAACUAAAAACUUUGUACGGUACGAAAUUGUCUUGAGUGCAAUUGACAACCGUAGAAAUCAACAGCGUAGUGAAAAUAAGAAAAGCUGGCAUGAUAGCUCUCCUGAGAAGCCUGACACUCAAAAGGCAGGCUACAUUUCAACCCAUAUUGAUAGCUCUCCACCAAAUCAAGUCAGCACUCUAGGCCAGAAAAUCAGUGCUUCGGGUACAAUGAGUGGUCCGCCGGAUAGUGCCAGUAACGACCUCCGUACAUUAUUUGAUGUAGACAGCUUGAAUUUAGCAGCAUCUUGUCUUCAAGUUCAAAAUAUAGCCACCGUAACGCGGGAUGUAACAGCAGGUGUUGCAUGUCCGCUAAGCCAGGCUUCGGUAGAUGACUCCUCAGCGAAAAGGCCAAUUUCGAGGUCGAUCUGGAGCAGUUGCAAGGAGGUGCUUUCGAUGCCACGCUUUUACGUGCACACAGUGGGAUACUUCUCGUAUUGUUUGUUCUUGGACACAUUAAUGUGCAUUGUCGUAGACUGCGCAACAGACAGAGGAAUAAGCGACUCUAGUGCGGCUCAUAUUAUUACACUGUUUUCUGUCACAGACAUAGCAGGCCGCGUUCUUGUACCGCUAUUUACUGACAAUCAUUUGAUUGAACGUUUUAAUACAAUGACAUUGUGCUACCUAAUCAUUGCCAUUAUUGGCACGUCACUACCUAUGGUCCGUAUCAAUCUCGCUUUCGCUGCGUUAGUGGUAGCCUUAGGGCUCCCCAUGGGCUAUAUUAUGGUAGCAAUGCCACAAACUAUGGCUGAAGAUAUAGGUCUGAACAACCUUCCUAUUGCAUUUGGAUUCGCAGCAGGUUUCACGGCAAUGGGAGGCUUCAUGACGCCGGUAAUGAUAGGCUUCUUUCGGGACACAAUGGGAUCAUACGAUGGUCUCCUCUACUUCAUGGCUGCACUGCUCUUCACGUCGUUCUUGCUACUUUGUUGCGUGUUGAUCACAAGCAAAAAAUCACGAUCAUAAAUUUCCUUGUAUGAAAAAUACUCAAUAAACUCCUCUUUAGUAGA